AAAUGAGUGUGAUGCACUGGACAAAUGUAGAUAAUCAUUCUCCAUCUAAAUUCAAUGGGCAAUCUUCAGAAACAUUAGUGCCUAUACGCAAAAGAAUCUCGAAGAGAAGUGAAAAAGACCUAAAAUAAGCCACAUUUAAACAAUUAUAUAAAUAGAACAAACUUGCUGAAAUAGUAACUAAAGCUAUGGAAAAUAAAGAAGGUCUUUAUGAAGAGUACGAUGAAAUAAAGAUUCAAGGUAGCAUAUUGAGAAUCAAUGAUAAUGUCAUCAUUAAAAAUGGUGACAAUAAUGUUGAAGAUUAUAUUGGAACAAUAUAGAAAAUUUGUUCUGUUUUAGAACCUUAGUCUAAUAAGUUGAUCUGUCUCUGUAAAGUUUAAUGGUACAUGAAAAAGAGUGAAAUUGUUAUACAUAAACCAAGAGCAAGAUGCUGGAUUGGAACUCAAGAAAUUUUUUCAACGAAAACAAAUGAUUUUAUACUUGCAUAGACUAUAAUUCAAAAGUGUACCAUUGUAGAUUGUGAUGAAUUCGUAAAUUUGUAAAACUGUGAUUCUACCACAUAUUAUAACAGACUUGAAUGGGAUGUGGAAAAUAAAAAAUUUAUGAAUAUGAAUGAGAUCUAGUUAUAUUGUCUAUGUCAAUAACCAUGGAAUCCUGAACUUAAUUACAUUUAAGUAAGUUUUAAAUUCUAUUUUUAAGUGUGAUAAAUGUUAGAAAUGGUACCACUUUGAAUGUGUAGACUUAUUAAUAGGAAGUUAUGACGAUAAAGAUUAUGUCUGUGGUUAUUGUAAUUGAUUUUCAAUCUUUG